CCAAGGAACAUAAACAUAGUUAUUCCAACAUGGCCGACUUUAUCGAGAAAGUUCUUAGAUCAGUCCUUAUAUCCAGCAAAGGUGGAGUACCUCUACAGAAACUCAACUAUGAGUUCAAAGAUCUCCUGGGUCAAGAGAUCCCAUACAGGGAAAAGGGUUUCAAGAAUGUGGAGGCCUAUCUGCAGACCAUGCCUACAGUCUGCCAAAUAAGGAGAGAUCCAUCUACUGGUGAGACAGUUUGUAUGGGCGUUGCAAAUGAGGAGACGAAGCAUUUGGAUCGCCUCGUCAAGAAACAGAAGGCAACCAAGAAAAAGAGCAAACCUGCACGACUGCCGAGAUAUUCUGGACGCUCUGGAACCGGGAAUCGCAGGCCUCCACCCCGCAAUUCUUGGCCCAAGCCCAGUUAUCACUCUCAACAGCAUCAGUACCCACCAAAGAAGUUCCCCAGCUAUCCGCAAGGAAGAGGUGGACCAGAACCUUUCAAUGGACCUAAUCAACGAAACAGUGGUCCCCAUCAAAGAAACAGUGGUCCCCGUAAUGGUCCUUAUCAUCAAAGGAAUGAUGUUCCCCAUCAAAGGAAUGAUGUUCCCCAUCAAAGGAAUGAUGUUCCUCAUCAAAGGAAUGAUGCUCCCCAUCAAAGGAAUGAUGUUCCCCAUCAAAGGAAUGAUGUUCCCCAUCAAAGGAAUGAUGCUCCCCAUCAAAGGAAUGAUGUUCCUAAUUCAAGGUUCGAUGGACCUCGCGGUGGCCCACACCAGAGGACUUAUCCAAGUGGUGGUGGUGGUGAAAGCUGGAGCAGGAAGCCUCAGAACUUCAGGAACAAUCCAGUUCCAAACCCUCCAAAACAUCAGCCAAAGGCAGUCCAACACUCGAGCUCUUACGAGUUGCCACCAAGAUUCCGGCGGCAGGUUAACAGUGUUGGGAGUGCCAGUGAUGUUUACCAGGAGCCAUCUUCUUAUGACGUGAGAAGCCAGCCAUCCUCGUAUGAUGUUAGGUCCAAGUCAGACAGUGACUACCCUUUGACAGAGGAGAGGAAUAAUAAUCAGUACUCAGAAGAUGUCACAGAAGAUCUGCCUGAGCAGCCCCCUCAACAACCACCCCAACCACCACCAGUUGAUGAUAAGAUCGUCUCUUGGGUCAAUGAGACGUUGGCUGAAAAGACUGGCGGCCUGUGGCUGAGUGGCCUGAAGAAGCUCUACAAGGAGAAGUUCCAGUCCAACAUGGAAGAUGAUCUGAUCCACAAACUCUCAAGACUUAGCCUAUGGACAGCGGAGGAGAUUGGGUGUCAGAGUGAUCCCAUUCUUUACCCCAACUUGAGGUUAAAGGAUACUACAUGUAAAGCCCCCUCAGACACCGACGAGAGCCACCGGGUCUCUGCUAGUGUUGUCGGGAAUGAUCAGAUCCUCUACCCUAGCCUGAAGGUAGAGAUCUCACAAUCACCACUCACCGGCAAAGAAAGGCGGAACGUCACAAACCAGCCAUUGCAACUAACCAGCAGACCUCCGUCGGUGCCUGAUAUAGUCAUCCCUGAAGACGAUGGUCUAUGGGAGGUGUAUGUGUCGUACAUCAUAAGCGUAAUGGACUUCUACUGUAUUAUCAUGGGCGAUGACUACGCUAAUGAGCUAUGCACCAUGGAAGAUAACAUGAUGGAGUUCUAUGAAACAGACCUUCCCACUCUAAGAUUGGGGGAUCUGCCUGUUGUGGGCAGUCUUUAUGCCGCUCAGGUGAACGACGAAUGGCUUAGGGUGAAGGUCAUUGCUGUUGACGAGCAGGAGGCUGGCUGUUUUCUGGUGGACCAUGGUGAUAUAGAAUCAGUUCCACUUGAAGAUCUGAGAGUUCUAGGCCCUGCCUUCUAUGAACUAGCUUUCCAGGCGAUUCCCUGCAAGCUGCAUGGUAUGGAUUAUAAGGCUGCUAGUGAAACAGCAACAACUAGAUUCUGCAGCAUUGCUUUGGGUCAGAGUAGGCUAGCACAGCUUAUUUCAAAGGAGUCCAAGCGUCUUUCAUUAACGCUGUACCGAGACGAACUGAACAUUAACUAUCUAUGUGCCCUAGGAAAUGUGGCCUAGUUGCUGUAGAUAUUGACUCUUAGCUGCAGUGGAAACAAACUUUGUGAUGUCAUAUGUGACAAAACCUUCAUCAAGGUUUUGCUGCUUCACUUUCCACAAGAUAAGAUGGACAGGUUGUAUGAAAGAGCUGUUUGGAAAUGGCUUAGUUGCUGGAAAUGUUAGCUCUUUGCUGCAAUGGAAACAUUGAUGGUGGUGCCAUAGGUGAACAGACUUGUUCAUGGCCUCCGUUGCUGCUUUAAUCUCUUGGAUAUAAGACGGGCAGGUUGUAUGAAAGAGCUGUCUGGAUCAGCCCUAGUUCCAGCAGAUGUCGCCUCUUUGCUGCUAUGAGAACAUGCAAUGUCUUUUCAGGUGCGAAGGAAUCGUCAACGUCUUUUGCUGCUUUAUUCUCAAAAACAUUCGACUGACAGAUUGUGCGAUAAAGCUGUGUAGCAGAGCAAACAACGAGGGGGCGCUAGUCCACUGUGGUUCUACAACAAGUCUAGGGUAUCCCAUGGAAAACAUAAAUAUGCAACCUUAUUGAAAUGAGCAUUGUGAUAUUCCUCCUGUGAUAAUAUGACACUAUGAUCCAAGUGAUAUUGGAGGGGCGAUGGGUUUAUCAACAUGUGAAAUGUCACUGUGUCAGGAUGCAGGACAAAGGGGCUUUUUCUACAUCUGUCAAGAGAAAUUCACCAUUUGGAAGUUCUGUAAUGGUCGAUAGUUCAGACUUUCACAGUGCUUCGGUGGAAGUAUACAAUCAGAAUGUGUAGAAAACAAAUUUAAUAGGGUCUCUGUUUUCAUUACUUACUACAACAGUGUUGCAAUAUAUAUUUUCUGCCUUGUGUAUCGUUCAUACUGGGGCUAGAAAAUAGCUUUAUCAGGCAACUUUACGACUCAAAUCAAUCAAAUGCUGCCGAGGCUCAACAUAAACAUGUAGGUCUGUAGACGUAUGGAUAGGCUUCUUUGGGUCUAAUCGACCUAUCUAUACAUUGCUUGAUGUUUCAUGGUGAUUGGCCUGGUAGUCAUAUACAUGUAGUUUAGAAUAUAUGCAUGUGCAUGCAUGUACAUCAUGGAACUCAUAGGUUUAAAAAUAAACAAUAAAAUAGUGUAUGUAUGUUUCUUAAAUAGACUGGGGAUUUUGACUUUUCCCAACAGUCAAGACUCUUUCCUAUUUGCAUUAUAGUAUGCAUCCUUUUCCCUUGGUUUAACUUUAACUGUUAUCCUUGAAAUAUACAAACCUUGCCAAAUAGUGAAAUAGCCAAAUACAACAAACUCGCAAGUUUUGUCUACUUUGAAUGAACAAGUGUUGCUAAUACACAUUAUGACAGCUUUUUAUUCAAUGUAUAGUGGAAGAAUCAAGUUGAUGUGAAAAUGAAAGUUGUGUCAUCUUCUUCUCUGAGUACCGGUACAGUACUUGGAAGCCAUAUUAUAAUUUCAUCUUGUGAAAAGACAUAUCUUCUGUAUACAAUGCGCUGCCAGUCGGUACUUCAGCAUGGUUAUUUUUCUCUUAAUGAUAUUACGUUGCAUCAUGUUUUUAUAUCCGAUAUAUAUUUUCAGAUUUACAUCAUAUAUCAUUUUAAGUUACUUUCCAAAAAGACAAUCAAGAAAGUGAAACACUACAGUGUUGGUAAUGAGCAAAAGUGCCUCUCUCUGCCCUACUUAAUAUCUAAGCUCAGUUCUAUCGCUACACAACUCCUGCACAACUUCAGCAUUUUGUGGUAUUACCACUGAUCUUCGGAAGUAUCGAAGGAAGAAACGCAGGAACAAGAAGAAGAAGUUUUGUAAAGUAGACAAAUACUAUAGUUUUCCCUUGUUGAUCCAUCAUACAUGUACAAUUUACAGUGUUAUUUGGGCAUUACAGGUACGACUGAAGAUAACGCAUGUGGCUCCCAUUAAUUUCAUUACUAUCUCUGGACAUAGUUUGAAAGUGAGAUCAUAUAAUUUCAGAGCAUCAUAAAGGAACAAAAUAGUGUUUUUGUUCAUGUCGUAUUCAUAAAAGCCCCUCCAGUUUAUGCGAUAUGAAUACUCCAAUAUGUCCCAUCGCUGUAAUAUCAUUAUGUCGUAUAUUCCUGUAACUUGAGAAUGUAAAUGAUAUGCUUUAAUAAUGCAAAGAUAAACACAUUGAAGCAUGCUUUUAUCAGACAUGUACAUGUACAUAUUGUGUAUGGAUUACGUAAACUUUUGAUAACUGGGCAUUUCUUUGUUUUUUAUUUUUUAUCAAUGUCAUAUCAUGGAAUACUAAAUAUAAAAGAAAUCAAGUUUUCUUCAACUAACAAUAUUUGACUGGAGAGCAUCUUAAACAUAAGUGAUUUUUUUUGUAAAAUACAAGUUUACAUGCAUAUGUAAUUCUUUAAGGACUUUGUGUUGCAUAUUUGUAUUCUAAUUUUAAAUAGCUAGAAGACGAUGGCUGGAAUUCCGCCAGUUCAUAUCAACCCAACUCAAGGUCGUCAUCAUUUUAAACAAUGUUUUUAUGUUCAUGUCAUUCUUCAUGCAGGUACUGUACAAAUAGUAAUUAUGAAGUUCAAUCUCACAAUGAUAUCUUUAAUGUCAUGGCUCUUUAUAAAUAGCGUUAUUGAUAUACAGAACCCCACCUCCAACACUGAUACUAUCUUCUGGUAAUUAUUUUAGCAUUUGUUUUAAAUUAAUCCCCUUUAUUAACCAUGCUUGAAAAUGCACUCCCUUGUGCAUCUGUAGUGGUCACCAGGCUUGGUUCCAAGAUAACUCUGUGUCCACGGAUAGUGUUUGUUUGUAACUUUAAGAAUGUAUGCACAUGUUGUGCCCUCCAGUUUUUAUGUUCACCACAAUAUAACCACAUUGCCAUUUCUAGCCUGUUACUGUUUAAACGUGGUCUCUAUUAUUCAUGCUUGAAGUAGAAAAAGGAAAACGAAAGUAGAAUACCACAUAUAAAACUGAAAUGGGAUCAUAUUCUGUACUUGUGCUAUUAAAUACAUGUUUCUUUUUUUUAAUAAAGUGCUUUUGAGGAGAGUUAAAUAAACUAAAAGUUAUUACAUAUACCA